GAUCACCAGUAUCGCCGUAAGAAACAAAAUACAAAGAGUAACCCUAAUUCAACCGAUCCCAAAACUAACACCAAUUCGAUUCAAAACCCCUUCUCAUUGCCACACAAAAUCCCUUAUUCAAACCCCAAAACUCGACUUUUCUCUAAAUUAUUAUCUUUUUAGCUCUCAAUUGGUUAUCAACUUAUCGCAUUUAACAGCGUAGAUUGGAUUGGAAUUCUAGGCUUCUCAGCGAUCUGAAACUUACUAGAGAGAAAGAGAGAGGGGCGCAGGUGUCGAAAUGCUAGGUGGGUUGUAUGGAGACCUCCCUCCACCGUCUUCCGCGGACGAAGAGAAGCCCAGCAACUCCAACGUGUGGUCGAGCAGUGCCAAGAUGGCGCCGCCGACCCUCCGCAAGACCUCUUCGAUCUUCGCCCCGCAGACGAUUUUAAAGUCCCAGAACAAGCCCAAGGUCGUUAAUUCGUCGGCGGCUGCGAAGAGCGGUUUGUCAUCGCCUGCGCCGCCGCCUCUGACUUCGGUGUCAGUUAUACCGGAUGGAGUGGCGCAACCGGCAUUGGUUGGCGUGACUUCGACGGUGAUAGAGGAGUACGAUCCGGCGAGGCCCAAUGACUAUGAGGAGUACAAGAGGGAGAAGAAGAGGAAGGCGAUGGAGGCUGAGGUGAGGAGGGAGCUCGAGAGGCGGCGGCAAGAGGAAGAGGAAGAGAGGGAGAGGAGGGAGAAGGAGAGGAGGGACAGGGAGAGGGAGGAGAGGGAAAGGGAGAGGGAUUAUGACGAUUCGCGGUUGAACAUCUCGGGUGAGGAAGCAUGGAGAAGGCGUGCAGCAAUGAGUGGAGCAAUGCCAAGGUCGCCCUCUCCGCCGAGUAAUGGAGACGGAUUUACAAUUGGGAAGUCGGAGACAGUUGGUUUGGGCGUUGGUGCUGGCGGGCAAAUGACUGCGGCGCAGAGGAUGAUGGCGAAGAUGGGGUGGAAGGAGGGGCAAGGUCUUGGAAAACAAGAACAGGGUAUUACUACUCCUUUGAUGGCCAAGAAGACGGACCGCAGGGCUGGAGUGAUUGUAAACGCUAGUGAGACCAAGCAGGAUAAGAAGGCGAAGAGCGUCAACAUUAAUGGCCCCCCCACGCGCGUUUUGCUGCUUAGAAACAUGGUGGGACCGGGUGAGGUUGAUGAUGAGCUAGAGGAGGAGGUAGCAUCAGAGUGCGCCAAGUAUGGGACGGUAACCCGGGUUCUCAUAUUUGAGAUAACAGAGCCAAAUUUUCCACCCAAUGAGGCAGUCAGAAUCUUUGUUCAGUUCGAGAGACCAGAAGAAACAACCAAAGCACUUGUUGACCUUGAUGGCCGAUUCUUUGGAGGUAGGGUGGUUCGUGCCUCUUUCUAUGAGGAAGAAAGGUUCGACAAGAAUGAACUAGCUCCAAUGCCAGGAGAAAUCCCUGGUUUUUCAUAAGUAAACUGAAAGUACAAGCCGAAUGUCCCUUGUUUACAGAGGUUGUAAUGGAUAUGAUCCGCUUGGAUUCGAAUUGUGAAUCAUAAUAUGAGUUGAGCGGUAUAUGGUAAGUCGUGGCCUUCAAGCUUGGUAGCAACUGCCCCAUCUCCUAGCUAGGUCCAAGUGAUGCGUGUGACUGAGACAAACAGUAGUUGCAUUUUGCAUGAGGAAAUUUUUAAAGUCAUAUGAACAGCCAGAACAAAUGUAUCAGCUCUGAUAAAUGUGUAUUGGGAUUCAAUUGUAUGUCUUUGAAGGGUGAACUUGGUGCUUUUGAUUUUGUUGGGGGGAAAUUAGAUAGCAAAUCAUCAGGCUGUCCUUAGAUGUGUAUGAAGAACUAACUUUUAAUGGCUGAUUGUGAUUGCUAACGGUU